CAAACAGGGACACAAAAAAGAAAACGUCUAAUAACGAGAAAAAGCAACAUCUCGCGAUACUACCGGGUUUGUUUGAAACAUGGCUUCCUCAAUGAAGAAGGCUGCCCACGAUAUUGAAACGCGAAAACGGACUGAUGAUGUUGUCUUGUCGGGCGGUAUCGACUUCAACGCCCUGUUGUUGUCGCAGCCCGUGCUCGAUGGACUGGCGGCUUCUGGAUUCAAGAAACCGUCUCCAAUCCAGCUCAAAGCCAUUCCGUUAGGGCGAUGCGGACUCGAUCUGAUAGUGCAGGCCAAGUCUGGCACAGGGAAGACCUGUGUGUUCUCUGCCAUCGCCCUGGACUCUCUGGUAAUGGAGAACACUACGACACAGGUGCUGGUGCUAGCCCCGACCCGUGAGAUAGCAGUGCAGAUCCACUCUGUGGUGAUGGCUAUAGGCAGUGCCAUGGAGGGCCUGCAGUGUCAUGUCUUCAUUGGGGGGACGCCCGUCAGCCAGGACAAGAUCAGUCUCAAGAAGUGCCACAUCGCUGUGGGAUCACCAGGACGUAUCAAGCAGCUGAUUGAGCUGGGUCUUUUGGUUACCGCCAGCAUCCGUCUGUUUGUGCUGGACGAGGCUGACAAACUACUGGAGGAAGGCAGCUUCCAGGACCAGAUCAAUUGGAUAUUCUCCUCUCUACCGGUCAACAAACAGAUGUUAGCUCUGUCUGCCACCUACCCAGAAUCCCUUGCCCAGCACCUGGCCCACUACAUGAGAGAGCCCACCUUCGUCAGACUUAACCCCUCCGACCCCGGACUCAUAGGUUUGAAGCAGUACUACAGGCUGGUGCGCUCCCAUGCCAUGCCCCAUAAGGUGUUUGAGGAGAAGGUUCUCCUCCUGCUCGAGCUGUUCAGUAAAGUUCCCUUCAAUCAAGCUCUGGUGUUCUCCAACCUGCACACCAGGGCUCAGCAUUUAGCAGACAUCUUGUCCUCGAAGGGCCUUCCUGCUGUCUGUAUCUCAGGUAGUCUGAGUCAGGACCAGCGCAUGGAGGCCAUGUCUAAACUGAAGCAGUACCAGUGUAGAGUACUCAUCUCUACUGACCUGACCUCCAGAGGUAUAGAUGCUGAGAAGGUGAAUCUGGUGAUCAACUUGGAUGUUCCUCAGGACUGGGAGACCUACAUGCACCGUAUAGGACGAGCCGGACGCUUUGGUACACACGGGCUGGCAGUGACCUACUGUUGCCAUGGCGAGGAGGAGAACAAGAUGAUGGCCAUUGCUCAGAAGUGCAACCUAAUUCUUUGCGCACUACCAGACCCCAUAGAGCCAGGGCUGAUGCAGGAGCCUUGUGACUGGGAUAUCACUGUGGAGGCCCUGACACCAGGGACUAAUUCCCAGGUGUUCCCCAAGACAGAGCGAAGGAGACGGGCUAAGACCGAAUCCCCAGCCCCUAAACCCAUCAGGGAUCAGAACCCCAGCCCUGUCCACCCAGAGAGCACUGAACCCAGCCGACCAUGUAAGAGCCAGCACACAGCCAGUCCUGUGGCUAAGGCUGGUCCGAAGCACAAAAAUGCAUCCCCUGCCCUGGAUGUCCUCCUACCCCCUCCCAAGGUUUCAGUAGUCCCUGGGGCCUCCCUAGCUCUCUCCCGUAAAGAGCAACAGGAUGCCCUGCCAAAGAUCCCUCCACUCAGCGCCUUCAAGAGUCAAAGGUCAGGGAUCAUGACCUUCCAGGAGGCAGAGCUGGACUUCCAGAGCUUCAUCAGGGAGGGGCUGGGAAGGACAGUGGAGGUCAUCCGACAGUUCAGAGGUCACGGAGAUGACGGCGAGGGAUUUAACGGUCAGCACGGCUACGAGGAGUCUCAUACACUCCAGGAUGACGAUGUGCCACUCACACACACACACAUGACACGGAACGGAGAGCGUCCACCAACACCCACACAGCUUCCUCUAAAGACGAACUCUGACCCGUCACCUUUGGAGUCGACUUCUGAUGGGUCCAGCUCUGACUGUGACAUGGAGGAAGACCGGCAGGCUGACGAGUCAACGCAGAGCUCCACAGAUCAGACCAGAGGAGCUGAACACAAACCAAUCAUUCCGAUUCAAACUCAAUCUGCACAGCAAUCCACAGUCAUGGAUGGGGCAAGGAAACCAAAGUUUACGCCACCUAGAAGCCAACCCAACUCACCGUCUGUACCCCAUCCUAGCCACCACAGAUCCCCCAGACCAGAGGGGAGAGCUGUGAGUACAAACCCCGGGGAGGGGGAACCUUUGUUGUGGAAGGCAAAGGACAGAGAGGCUACAGCACAGCCGUGGAGUAGGGAGACGGCUAAGAAAGUCAAAGGGGAGAAGAGAGAUAUUUUAGAGGAGAGGAAGGUGCCUGAGAAUCGAGGGAGUGCGAGGAAGAGGGACAGAGUGAGUGAGGUAGAGGAGGAGGAGGAGGGUGAGGGUUAUGAGGGCUACUGGAGGGCCUACUACAGAGCUUGGGAGGAUUACUACGCCUCCAUGCCCCCCUCUCACCAACCGGGUUACCAUGGCUACCACAGUAUGGCGUCCAGCUGGAUGGCUGCCUACCGUAUGAACUCUGUGUACAUGGAGGAACUGUUAAAACACUAACACAGGGCUUCACACGUAGACCAGAGAAACUGAGUUAAACUUCUGCCAAAGACAUGAGCUUUUCUUUCCACUCAAUGUCUGCUGUUAUCAGUGAAACAAACACAAAGUUAAAGAUCUCUUUGUAGAAGCAGCAAACGGUGAACAAACAUGAAUAAUUUCUUCAGUUAGUUUAAGGAAAUCACUGAUUUCCACGUAACAAUGUUAUUUUGCUGUACACGUUUUGGUCUUUCAUUUUGAAUGUGAAAUAGUGGACUUUCACUAAUAUUAUUGCAUGGUAAAUGAAUGACUACUACGUGCAUUAUUAUUAUACCUACUUUGUGUACAUACUUUUAUAAUAAAGAUCCUUUUGUUCCAUA